AUGCAAUCACUACCAGUGGUAGUACUUCGUUUGAUAUAUGAGGAAUUGGAUGAGUUGGAUGUGGUCUGCCUAAGCAUCACAUGCACACAAUUACACAAGACUUUGAUCACUUGGCCAUGCUUCACUUUGAUCAAUACUCAACUCACUUGGACACGAAGAAACAAGAACAUUGCCAACAUUACAAACACUCCAGUCAUCAAAUCAACAUUGUCCAACUCAAACAACAACAUCGAUACACUGUCACAAAGCUCGAAUGAGAUUGAUAACUUGCCAAACUCACUUCUCAAGCUUCACCUUGGACCUCACUUUAACCGAACAAUACCACCGGGUUCACUACCUCCCUCACUCACCGACCUAACCCUUGGCACUGUAUUCAAUCAGGUGGUCAUGCCUGGCACAUUGCCCACAUCGCUCAGAUCCCUUUCCUUUGGUUUCCUGUUCAACCAGCCCAUCUGGCCAGGCUCUCUGCCUCCAUUCCUCACCUCGCUUAGCUUUGGCUACACAUUCAAUCAACCACUGCGCUCGCUACCCACGACUCUGGUCGAGCUGAAGGUCGGACCCAACUACCAUCAGCUGACAUCAGACGUGGUGCUGCCAGCAAGCAUCACCACUCUCUCCUUCCCAUUCUCGCACCAGGCUCGAUACCUGAUGUGUGUGCCGGCCACUGCUCGUGUUCAUACCGUCCGUCUAUUGUAUCCAAUAGCCGUACAUCACAAGCCACUGGAGCUUCACGCGUUGAAUGGGCUGGCUCGACUAAAGACUCUGGUGCUGGGUUUGGAGUUUGACGCGAGCAAAAUCGAUCGCCAAACAGACGUGAUCAACUUUAAGAAUGCGAUGGAGCACCUGCCCAAUGUCGAGACAUACAUCCACAUGUAUCAAACUCCGCCGUCCACCGUCCGAUCAAUGUGUCGCCGACUGGACUCGAAUGGCAACGCACUGAUGGUGUUCAAGCGGCAAGUCCAGCCCAAGCCUGUAAUCUAUGUUGAUGAAUUAGUUGACCAUCUAUACUUUAUUCGUUAUGAAGCUAUCGACACGUCUGGUCAAUCAAAGAAGGGAGUCAGUCUCAGGCGAUCACUGCUAGGCCUCUUCAGAUCAAACAAGUAG